ACCUAGAUAUAUACUCAUCUACUAUACGUACACUAAAAUAAGUACUUUAAAUACCUAGGUAGUAUCGAUAUAUUAUCAAUAAAAGAUUUCUUUCCUUUCCUGCUUCAUUACCUCUAUCUCUAUCUCUGUCUCUGUUCAACUUUCUUAAUCAAAUACCUACCACACCUAUUAUUUAUUAUUCCAUCUAACUUUCGGCCACUCGAAUCCGGCCGAGGGACAGACGAAUAGGAGACACGCCCGGAAGCCGGAAAGUAGACGAGGUGCAGUCGCUGCAUAAUGCGUCGAUGCGGCUUUCUUCAAGAGACAAUUCAUCCAAUUUAAAGUUUAUACCAUGGAAAAAAUUGUCAUGGAAAAGACCCUUCCGAGUGACAUACAUUGGAUGUCGAAGAUAUAUAAAAGCCGUGCGAGAUAUCAGAGACCAGACCCGCGAAAGCAUCUGCAACUUUCCUUUACCUCCUUUACAUAAAUUGUCAUACGAUUUCGGAGCAUCACAAUGUUGCCCGUAGCUGCUUUCGCAGCAUUCCUCUAUCUUCUGUACACUGUGAUUUCCACCAUCCGGGUCCUAUACUACCAUCCUCUCAGUCACAUCCCCGGCCCCACACUGUGGAUCGCUUUUCCCAUAUUUCGUCACCUCGCGUUGCUUCGAGGGAGGCAAGAUAGCGCGCUUCGAGCUCUCCACCGCAAAUAUGGCGAGGUUGUUCGAUUUUCUUCCGAUGAGGUUUCCUUCAUCACCGCCCAAGCCUGGCGGGACAUAUACGGCCACGGCCAUAAACAACUGCCCAAGUUCAAACACUCGGCUGCAAACCCUCUGGAUAUCAUUAACGCAAACGAUGCAGACCACUCUCGAUACCGCAAAUCAAUGUCUCAUGCCUUUUCCGCGAAAGGGCUGCAAGCGCAAGAGCCGAUUUUGAACAAAUACAUCGAGAAACUGAUGACGAAAUUGGAGCACGAAGCAACGUCUCGGGUGCCUGUCGAUAUGGUGAAGUGGUAUAACCUGACCACAUUUGAUCUGAUUGGCGAUCUUGCCUUUGGACAGUCUUUCGACGGGCUGGAGAACUCACGGUAUCACUUCUGGGUCUCGACCAUUUUCGAAUCCGUGCGCGCAAUGCAGUUUGUCAAAGUCGGGGAUAUCUAUCCUCUGCUCUUCCAAUUCCUCAAACCUUUCAUGUCCAGUGAUUUGGCAAGCGCACGCCAACGACAGCGGGACUACAGCAAAACCGUGGUGCAAAAGAGGCUUGCGAACCCUGCGCCCUCCGACCUGGUCGACUUCAUGGAUUCCAUGCUCCGCCAUCGCGGGGAGAAAGAUGGGCUCAGUGAUGAAGAGCUAGUCGCAAAUUCCAGUAUUCUUGUGAUCGCCGGCAGCGAAACAACCGCCACGUUGUUAUCGGGUGUGACCUUCCUCCUUCUGAAGAACCCGGAGGCGAUGCAAAAGUUGACGCAUGAAGUGCGAACGGUCAUGCAAUCGGAAGAGGACAUCACUUUUGCAAACGCGACGGCAAAUCUCCCGUACAUGUUAGCCUGUCUUGAAGAGGCCCUUCGAAGGUAUCCCCCAGUUGCGACCGGCUUGCAACGAGUCACCACUUCGACCACCAUGAUUUCAGGCUAUGAGAUCCCCCCAAACACCAGGGUAGCUGUUCACCAAUCCGCCGCAUACGAUUCCCCUCUCAAUUUCCACUUGCCCUCACGCUACAUCCCGGAGCGCUGGCUCCCGGCCGCGAAAACCGAUCCCGAAUCGCCCUUCUUCCACGAUAAGCGUGACGUGCUGCAGCCCUUCUCCGUCGGCCCCCGUAACUGCAUCGGCCGCAAUCUAGCCUACAACGAGAUGCGCGUCAUCCUAGCGCGAAUCAUCUGGCGCUUCGAUCUCGAGCUCUGUCCGGAUUCGCAGGCGUGGGACGUUCAGAAUUCAUACACCUUCUGGGAAAAGCCACCGCUGAUGUGCAAGUUGACACCGAGGGCCCGUUGAGAGGUGUAAUGGGUGUGCUACCACGUCCAUUUAGAGGGGUACCACGUCCAUUCAUCGGACCAAACUCAGGAAAACAAAUAAUCGACCCCUUCCAAAUCUCACAUCCCACAAAUAAAUCAACCCGCUCUCUUCUCAAAAAUCAGAUGCGGAUAUUUUCUACAUGGCUGAUACGUAGAUACCCCGAUAAUCCCUUCUCCCAUUCAUCCAUCCUCUCCUAAUCGGGCGGUCAGAACUUAAGUGAAGUGGGAUCCUGUAUGUAUGUAUGUAUGUAUGUAUAUAGGAAAAUCACAGGAAAAUAUAUCUACAUUUUCCCGUUUGAAAGAAAUUGAAAACCCGAAUUGAUAUUCGUAAAUAUUAUACAUCUCUGGGGUAUACACGGAAACGCACCGCCCACAACGCAAUGGGCCUUCCACAAGUAUUACAAAGCAAUAAAACAACUUGAUAUCAAGAUAAAGUGGUUAUCUGGAUAUAUA